AUGGCGCUCGAGGAUGGCGAGUUUAGAGAUGACGAGUGUGGCGAGCUUCUCAAGUGGUACAUCAGACACGAGAAGUUGGGGCAUGGAGGACAGGGCCAAGUCUACUUGCUGAGUGACGCAGCCCGCAACCGCCAUAGGUACGCAGGAAAGAUGUUUAAGUUGGAGAGUUGUGCCGAGAGGGAGACUAGGAUCUUGGACAAGCUUCGCCCCAUUCCUGGAGUUGUCUUCCUCCAUGGGCUGAGGAGGGAGAGGAAGGUUGGCGGGCGUUGCUUUGGGACGAUGGUCAUGGAACUUUGUGGCCCUAGCCUGCGCGAUCUAGCGAUGAAAGGGCCACUGAGGGAGGAGGAGGUAGCCGAGAUCGUUAAGGAGCUCGCUGAGACACUCAAGGGCGUCCACUCGAGUGGUGUUGUCCAUCGCGAUCUCAAGCUGGAGAACGUUUUCACCAAGCUGCAAGAUGAAAGCACGAUCAGGCCAGUGAUUGGGGAUUUUGGAGUGGCGACCGACGAUGCCAGAGAGAUGAGCCAGAGCUGCGGGACUGAGAAGUACAUGGCUCCCGAGCUUAUCUUUGUCGAGAGAUAUGGGCUGUCUUACACGAAGGCGGUGGAUGUUGGAGUGAUCGCAUACGAACUCCUCAAGGGCUAUCAGCGAUCGAACCUGGAGAUGCAUUUGCUGCGCGAGGGGGAGUUCCAGUGGCCUGCCAAUCUGUCACCAGAGGCGAAAAAUCUGAUUAUGGGCAUGCUGGACUUGGAUCCCAGGAAGAGAUUGACACUAGACCAAAGGCUGAUGCUGUUGCUACUGCUCGAGUCCAAGGACAAGGGCAAGGACGUGGUUGUGGCCAUAAUGUUCGCUGCUAAGCAUGUGAUGAAGUUAGUCAUACUUAUUAAUAUUGUCGGCAUUUUCCGGAUUAGUGACUUCCAUUUCCUGGCUGGAGACUUUGGCGUCAGCAAUGUCCCGUUGGUGCUGCUACAGUGGAAGGUUUGA